CCGAGAUGAUGAGACCAGUCUUGCUACUUCUGGCCGCUGCGGCGGUCGCCAGCGCGUAUUCAGCGGAGUCUGACAAGUUGGGAUCUGAAGAGUACAGGCACACCACCACGCUGAUGCCAUGUCCCAGGGUGUGUACCAAGGAAUACGCACCUGUCUGUGCCGAGGACAAGAGGGGCCACCUCUACAAAUUCGACAACGCCUGCUUCAUGCGCAUGUGUGGCUGUAGAAUGCGGCUGCGGCAGGUGCCCCUGGAGCGCUGUCCGUCAGACGCGCCCGGCUGUCCCAUGAGGGAGGCACACCAGCAGGAGCCGGUGGUGCUCGACAACGACGAGAGCCCGGACGAGUCGCAGUCGGACUCUUCUGCAGAUUCCAUGAAAGCCGCCCACCUGCGGAAAAAUGCUGUGCGACGUGAACGUGAAUUUUAUUAG